ACAGAACCAAUAUCAUUUUAAUCCAAAAUGCAGACAGACAUAUUGCAAUUUUACAAAGACAAAUCGGUUUUUGUAACCGGAGGCACAGGAUUUCUAGGAAAAGUGAUCAUUGAAAAGCUCCUCCGUUCAACGGAUGUAAGGCGAGUUUAUCUAUUAGUAAGGCCAAAAAAGAAUGAAACGGUGGAAGGACGGUUUCAGGCCUGGAAAGAUGAGCCGGUUUUUAAAAUCCUACUCAAGGCUAAACCGGAGGCUCUGAAGUUGGUCACACCCAUUUCGGGAGACUGCAGCGAACCCGGUCUGGGUCUCAGCGACGGGGAUCGCAGGAUGGUGACCGCUGAUGUGCAGGUGAUCAUCCACAGUGCCGCCUCCAUUCGCUUCGUGGAGCCGCUUCAAAGGGCUUUGAACAUUAAUACGCGUGCAACGCGCCUGAUGAUUCAGCUGGCCAAGGAGAUGAAAGGCUUGGAAGCCUUCGUGCACAUCUCCACGGCCUUCUCCAACUGCCCCUCGCAGCACAUUGAGGAGCGUUUCUAUCCGGAGCACCUAACGUGCCCGGCGGCCAAGGUGCUCGAAUUCAACGAGACUUUGAGCCCAGAUUUGUUGGACAAGAUGGCUCCGGCUCUUAUGGGAAAGUUUCCGAACACCUAUACCUAUACCAAGGCACUGGCCGAGCAGGUGAUCCAGAUGGAGGGUCAGGACCUGCCAAUCUGCGUCUUUCGUCCUGCGAUAAUUUUGGCAAAUUUCAAGGAGCCGAUGUCUGGAUGGAUUGACAACCUUCACGGAGUCGUAGCCUUGAUAUACGGCAAUACAUAUGGGAUCCUUCGCCUCUUGUAUGUCAAUCCUAAGGCCGAUGCUAUAAUAGUUCCUGGCGACUAUUGUGCCAACGUGGCGCUGGCUUCCGGAUGGCAGGUGGCAAAGAAUUCCGAAUCGCGAUCGUCUUCUCAGUUGGCGGCGAAGAAGCCGCCGCCCAUUUAUACACUCGCCACAACCAAGUCAAAUUCCAUCACCUUUGGGAAGGCGGUCAAGUUGGGCAUCCAUCAUAACCAUACGAUUCCGGUGACCAAAACGAUUUGGUAUCCAUUUGCCCACUUUACCACCUGCCCUUGGUUGUUUAAGCUGGGUUGCAUAUUUUAUCAUCUGAUUCCUGGUUUCUUCUUCGAUCUCCUCCUACGUAUCCAAGGUAAAAAGCCUAUUCUGAUGAGGAGCUAUCAAAAGAUCCACGAAGUACUUUUGCUUCUGUUUCCCUUCAAUGGAAAAACGUACGAGAUGGAUAUGAAUAAUACCAAUCAAUUAUGGGAUUCAAUGUCGCCGGAGGACAGGAGUAUAUUUCCCUUUGACAUGGCCACUCUUAACUGGGAGGAGUACUUCACUCGCAUAUUGUCCGGAAUGCGGGUGUUCCUUUACAAGGAAUCCUGGGACACCUUGGAACAAGCGAAAAAGCGUUUAUUCAGGUUUUACAUAUUGCAUCGAUCCCUUCAACUUGUACUUUGCCUUGCUCUCGGAAAGAUUGUGUGGAUCUUGUACAGUGUAAUUGCUAAUAAUUACAUUAGGAGCAUUGAGGUUACCCUGCCGUCUCCGGUGGCCGAUUUUCCAAGUAUUUAAUCCAAUGUGCAUAUGUACAUGCAUAUAUGGCAUCCGAUUGUUAGGGGUCCUUUUUUGAUCGAUUUUAUAACGAUUUUCAUUGUAUCGAUUGCCAAAAAUAAAGUUAUAUGCUCGUGCGUAAUUCGAUUGUAUCAUUCUACACUUAACCGUUUUUUAUAAUAAUUAAAAAAAUUCAAUUUAUUUCUAGUUUGUAAAAC